UUAGUGCAAUUUGUUAUUCAAAUAUUUCAGAUUAGUUGUUUGUGUUGAGUUUCUCUUGACUAAUAAAUGUAAAUAUCUUGAAUUAAUCUGCGUUAAAACUACUGUCUUGUUGUAACGCAAUAAUUGUAGCAUAGAACUUGAAGAACAAUGGAAGAAGAAUACGAUGUAAUUGUUCUGGGCACUGGAUUAUCGGAAUGUAUUCUUUCUGGAAUUCUAUCUGUGGAGGGUAAAAAAGUUCUCCAUAUGGACAGGAACCAAUAUUACGGAGCUGAGAGUGCGUCAUUGACGCCUCUUAAUGCUGUCUUUGAGCGUUUCAAAAGAGAAAUACCGGCUGAUGUGGAGAAAUUCGGUCGAGGGAGAGAUUGGAAUGUCGACUUGAUUCCAAAGUUUUUGAUGGCCGACGGGAAACUAGUUAAAACGUUGCUGGCUACUGGUGUGACUCGCUAUCUGGAGUUUAAAAUGGUUGAAGGCAGUUACGUGUACAUGAGCGGAGGAAAGAAGAACGGGAAAAUAUCUAAAGUUCCGGCUAGUGAAACCGAAGCGCUGAAAUCGGAUCUAAUGGGAAUGUUCGAGAAAAAGAAGUUUGCAAAAUUUCUGAGCUGGGUUCUGGAGUUCCAAAAAGAAGAUCCAAAAACCUGGAAAAACUUCACCGAGCAGACAACCAUGCAACAGGUGUAUGACUCUUUCGGAGUGGAUAAGAACACAAUUGACUUCACAGGACAUGCGAUUGCUCUUUUCAGAGACGAAGAGUACCGCCAACGUCCAUUUAUGGAGACAGUAGACAAAGCACAGCUGUAUUACUCCUCACUCACUCGCUACAGUGACCAGGACAAGAAGCAGAGUCCCUCCCCUUACCUCUACUGUCUCUAUGGGUUGGGGGAGUUGCCGCAAAGUUUCGCCAGGUUGUCCGCUAUCUACGGAGGGACGUACAUGCUAGGAGUCCCUGUGGAUGUGGAACUGAAUGACUCUGGAACAUUUGUGGCUGUCAAGUCAAAAGAAGGGGUAGCGAAGGCGAAAAUGGUGAUUGGAGACCCCUCCUACUUCCCGGAUAAAGUGGAGAAGUGUGGCCAAGUGGUGAGGGCCAUCUGCUUCCUGGACCACCCAGUGUCAGACACCAACAACGCCAACUCCGCUCAGAUCAUAUGUCCCGCUUCACAGCUCAACCGAAAAACAGACGUCUAUAUCUGCUGUGUGUCAUCUGCACAUGCAGUGGCCUCCAAGGGCAAGUAUAUAGCAGUGGUGGGAGCCACAGUGGAAACAGAACAGCCAGAAGAAGAGGUGAAGAGUGUACUGCAUAUUCUGGGCAGUCUAGCAUGCGAACCGUUCAUCUAUGUGCAGGACCUCUAUAGACCGACAGACCUGGGACGAGAAUCGAAGGUGUUCAUUACGAAGAGUUACGACGCGACCACUCACUUCGAGACCACAUGUGACGACAUCGAGAGUGUCUACGAGAGAUGCACUGGACAGAAACUGGACCUGGAGAAACUGUCAUCCAAAUUGGUCACACCAGACGCCGGAUCUUUCUGAAGAUUUGAAUUCUGAUAUCUUGAUUUAAAAUGAAUUUUGAAAAAUAACGUGAAAAGUAAACAAAAUAGCGGGUCUAGUCAUUGGCUACUCGGACUUCGACGAGUUAUGAUUGCUCCGUUUUUUAUCCAAUAAAAUGCUGCCUGUUCGAUUUCCGGUUUAAUGUCUUCUGGAAACGGGUUCUAUCUGACUAUUCUUACCUCCUUUACUCAUCGUUCUUUCCAUUCAAUACAUGCUACCCAAUCUACUUCUAAAUGUGCUAUUAAAUCCGAAAAUGUAUUUAAUUUUAUAUUAAAAUGUUUAUCAAUGUUAUGUCAGUAAAAAUAAUUGACUUGCUUUAUUAAUUUAUUGUCUUGAAGAAACCAA